AUGUCCACUCAGCCCUUGGCCCAGAUGAUGGGCGGUCUUUCCCUCGGUGCAGGCGGUGGACCACCCUCACCUUCACCUGUUGGUCGGUCACAUACCAAUAACAAUCAAUCCUCUUCGCAGAACAGAUUACCUCCCGUCUUGAAGAAAUACAUGAAUCCCGGGCUAGUUCGACCUCCCAAUACAGGUCUAACUUCUUCGUCAAGUACGAACAACAACUAUGGUGAAUCUCAGAGAGGGCCCUUGAUGAAAUUAGCAGGUAUCAAUGUUCCAGUCUCAACCAAACAGACCAAUUCUCCAGCAGGAAAGUUGAAACAACAUACUGCACAUGGAUUACAUGGACCGGUACAUUCCACUUCCUCCAGGGCAUUGUCAAGCUCGAUCAAUCCCAAUAUACCUAAAUAUCCAAGUAGUACCACUCAGACGACGUCUAGUAAAGGAAUGGAAUUGGGUAAAUAUGAUGGAGGACUGGAAGCUGAUGUAGAGGACAAAGAGGUGGUUACGGGAGAAUCAGCUAAAUUACUGGAAAUGGACAGUGGAAGCGCAGGUAUACCAUUGUCUUUACCACAAUUUCAGAUUGGUCGACCUUUGGGUAAAGGUAAAUUCGGUAGAGUCUAUUUGGCAAGGACGAAGGCUCCACCGCACUUCAUAGUCGCUCUGAAAUGUUUGCACAAAUCGGAAAUUGUGCAGGGGAAAGUCGAGAAACAAGUUAGAAGGGAAAUUGAGAUUCAACAGAAUCUUAGACACCCGAAUAUCCUUCGGUUAUAUGGCUACUUCCACGACUCCAAGCGGAUCUUCCUAGUAUUAGAAUUCGCAAUGAAAGGUGAACUGUACAAACAGUUGAGUAAAUAUGGGAGAUUCGAUGAAAAGAAAAGUAGUAGAUACAUUGCUCAAAUGGCAGACGCGUUAUCGUAUCUACACAAGAAACACGUCAUGCACAGAGAUAUCAAACCUGAGAAUCUAUUGAUAGGGCUGAAAGGGGAGUUGAAGAUCGCUGAUUUCGGUUGGAGUGUGCAUGCCCCGUCAAAUCGACGAAACACCUUAUGCGGUACUCUGGACUAUUUACCUCCCGAGAUGAUUGAGGGUAAAGAACAUACCGCUCAAGUGGAUCUUUGGGCACUGGGUGUAUUGUGUUAUGAAUUCUUAGUGGGAAGUCCACCGUUCGAAGAUCAUGCAGGACAUCAAGCUACAUAUAGAAGGAUAAGAAAUAUAGACCUGCAUAUACCAGACAGUGUUUCUCCGGAAGCUGCUGAUUUGAUCACAAGGCUACUACGAUACAAUCCCGAAGAUAGAUUGCCUCUUUCCGAAGUAUUGGUACAUCCUUGGAUCUUGAAAUACCAGAAGAAGAGAUCAACAGGUGGAGUCAGAGAAUCAUAG